UUAGAUAAUUCAAAAAUGGCAGAACUUUUCAUGGAAUGUGAAGAAGAAGAGUUGGAACCAUGGCAGCAGAAAACAGAAGAAAUCCAAAAUAAAGAUGAGGAUGAUGAGUUGAUCUUUGUUGGAGAGAUAUCAAGUUCCAAACCUGCCAUUUCAAAUAUUUUGAACAGAUGUAUCCCUGGCUCAUCUUCAAAGGGACUAAAGAAUGACUCACUCAAUUCAGCUAUUUCUAAUAUAUCAAAGACUACAAAUCAACACUACAGAAAUCCACCAUCUAAUCCAGCGACUGCUUUGCCAAGCUUUCAUAUGGAACCAAAAUCUUCAGAGAGUUCUGAUGUUCAGGCCUUGUCUAAAUCUAAUGUUUCAAUGACUUCAUCACAAGCUGAUCCAGGUGCUGCUUCUGUCUUACGGUUGGACUCACCCAGCAAUACACCGUCCUCCAGCAUACUGAAAGAGAGUACAGGUAUCGAUCAAACUUCAUUAGGAUUAAAACAUCCUUCCACUUCCAAAAUAAACAGUGUUAAUCCAAAAAAGCCAAAGAUUGAAACAAGUGUUUCUGAAAUAAGUCCUUCCUCUUCCUCAACUGUAUAUACAGCCCCUUCAGAGGCUUCUUUCCAGAUUGUAGUAUCAAAUAUAAAUACCUCAUCAAUUCAGUCUGGAGCACCUUCAGUAAGAUCUUGUCCAAAGUGCAAUGUUAAAUUCGGUUUUUUGGAUCCUUUGAAAUGCCACAUGAAGCGUUGUUGCCCAGACGUGAUAAAUGAGUUUCUAGGAAGUCUUAUGUCAGACCAUAUAAAGGCUGAAAACAAAACUAACAUUGGUUCAGAUAAAGACAACUUGAUCAUUCAAGUUAGUGAUUUUUAUUAUGGAAGGCAUGAAGGAGCUAUCGAUGAAGACCCGAAGACUAACACAACUUUUAAGUGUUUCAGUUGCAAGAAAAUUCUGAAAAAUAAUAUUAGGUUCAUGAACCACAUGAAACACCACUUGGAACAUGAAAAACAGAACAAUGAGACCUGGGAAAGCCAUACUACAUGCCAGCAUUGCUACCGGCAGUAUCCCAACCCCUUCCAGCUACAGUGCCACAUUGAGAGUACGCAUACUCCUCAUGAUUUUUCUAAUAUUUGCAAAAUCUGUGAAUUGUCAUUUGAAACAGAGCAUCUGUUUCUACAACAUAUGAAGGACACUCAUAAACCUGGUGAAAUGCCCUAUAUUUGCCAGGUUUGCCAGUUUAGAUCAUCAAUAUUUUCUGAUGUUGAAAGUCACUUUAGAUCAUCUCAUGAAAACACUAAAAACUUGCUAUGUCCAUUUUGCCUCAAAGUCAGUAGAAUGGCAACACCUUAUAUGAAUCAUUACAUGAGACAUCAGAAAAAAGGAAUUCAUCGUUGCCCAAAAUGCAGACUACAGUUUUUGACCUGCAAGGAGAAAACAGAACAUAAGAUAGAACAUCGUACAUUUAUAAAGCCUAAAGACCUCGAAGGAUUGUCUCCUGGAACAAAAGUUACUAUUCAAGCUUCACUUGGAUCUGCGCAAUCAAGAUCCUCAAGCCCACCUUCUACUUCUAUUCUGAGCACUUCUCUUGAGGUCUCAGCUCCAAAGCCUAAAAGUACAACUACUAAGAAUAGCUCAAAAGUACUUACAAAUAAAGUUAAGAUACGUAAGCCUCAGACAAAUUUAACCACAGCUGGUAAACCCAAUUCAAGUAAGCCAAGUACACGUACAACUAAAUCCAAAGCCAAGCCCUCCUACAAGCAAAGGAGACAGCGCAUCAGGAAAAACAAAUUCAGUAUAGAUUUGAAGAACUUAAGAUGUCACCAGGGAAUUCACACAUGCAUUGAGUGCCAUUGCAAAGUAAAAGAUUUUUCAAGCCACUUCGCUACAUUUAUAAAUUGUGAUUUUUGCAAGUACACCACUAACUGUAACAAAGCCUUUACAAAUCAUAUGAGCUCUCAUAAUGACUACCCACAUAAACGGUUUCAUAUUUUUAAGAAGCGUUCACGAGCUCUCAGGGGCAUCACUCUAGUGUGCCUUAAAUGUGACUUCCUAGCUGAUACUUCUGGUUUAGACCGCAUGGCUAAACACUUAAAUCAACGUAAAACUCAUACUUGCCAAGUUGUAAUAGAGAAUGGUACGUACAAGUGUCUGUUACUUUGAAUUCAUGAUAUAUGGGGCCAAUAGCUUUGAUCUAUCACAGUGUGAGCUCUUAAAAGUUAAAUUGAUACUCAGUCUUCAUGUCUUAUAUUUGUAAACGUAAGGCCUUCUCUGAUUUCAGUUCCUGAGAGAACCUCAACUUCUGAAUCCACUUCUGAGUAGAGUAAGUCUAAUUUUCAUUCAGCACAGUUUACUUUGAUAGAUUUUAGUACUGUUGAAAUUUUUAAAUGUAUUAAUAGAAAUGAAAAAUUAAUUAAACU